AUGUAUUACCUAUUAUUCUUAAUCCCAAUUGCCUUCUCAAGUAUUAGUCCAGCUGAUUAUAUCUCAUAAUCUGAUCGUCCCAAGAUUGCCGCUCAUCGUGGACUUUGCUCUAUUUUUCCAGGUACUAAUUAUCUUACUAUUUGAUAGAAAAUACUGCAUAAUCAUUUGAGGGUGCAAUGUUUUAAGGAACAGAUUUCAUUGAAUUGGAUGUAGUACUCAAUAAGGAAUUACAGUGUAUAAAUUAAGAAACUCAUCCAUUUUUAUAGUGAUAGUA